AGAUGGUGAUAAUACACAUGGUUUAAUAAGAACGUUAAAUAACAAGGAUGGCCGGCAAGCUUAAACCUGCAGUUUGCAAAUGUGUUACUACAGACAAGGGGUUCACCAACAUUGUAUAUCCCAAACAAGAUCAUUGUAGUUCCCAUCAGUCUUUACAUGCCUAUAAAUUGGCAUUUAGUAGUAGUAUCCUAAAGCAAAGGCUCAUCGUUUUCAUUUUAUCUUUUUAACAACCAUGAACACCAAGUUCUUUAUAGCAGCCCUCAUACUUGCAACUCUCCAUGGAUCAAUGGCUGGCGAUCCUGAUAUUCUCUCAGACUUCAUAGUACCUUCAAGCAACACAACUGUGGAUGGUAACUUUUUCACAUACACAGGUAUGCGGGCGCUAGUUGGGUCCCUGGAUUCUAAAGAUUUCAAGGUUCUAAAAGCAAGCAUGGCCGAAUUCCCAGCUCUAAAUGGUCAAAGUGUGUCUUAUGCCAUUCUUGAUUUCCCUCCCGGUUCAGUCAACCCUCCCCACACACACCCACGAGCGUCUGAACUUCUGUUACUUCUAGACGGAUAUUUAGAAGUUGGGUUCGUCGAUACCACCAAUAAACUUUUCACUCAGACCCUACAAACAGGUGACAUAUUUGUGUUCCCAAAGGGGCUUAUUCAUUUCCAGUAUAACGGUGAUCCCUAUAAUGUAGCGUUGGCCGCGUCUGCAUUUGGCAGUGCUAGCGCAGGAACUGUGUCGGUUCCAAAUUCGGUAUUUAACACUAGGAUUGAUGAUGAAAUGUUGGCUAAGUCUUUUAAGACGGAUGUUGUCACCAUUCAGAAAAUCAAGGCUGGGCUUUCUGGUAAGGUUGGAGCUUGAGACGGGGUUAUGAUUUGUGUUAAAAAGUUUAUAUAUAAAGUAUCUUUUUUGUUGUAAUGUUAGAAUGUCAAAACAAUGGACUAUUUAUCAUCGCUACUAAGAAUAAUGUUUUUAAAUGUUAUUACUUUUAGUU